GGGAGAGAGGGUGGAGAGGCUAGCAGGGUCAAACACGCCACUUCUAUCUCAUACACAGAGAGAGAGAGAGAGAGAGAGUAGUGAGGCUCGCAGAGGUGAAGGCGCCACUUCUCUCAUGAGAGAGAGAGAGAGAGAGUGGUGAGGCUCGCAGAGGAAGGCGCCACUUCUCUCAUGAGAGAGUGGUGAGGCUCGCAGGGCGCCACUUCUGUCUUGAGAGAGAGAGAGAGAGAGAGAGAGUGGUGAGGCUCGCAGAGGCGAAGGCACCACUUCUCUCAUGACAGAGUGGUGAGGCUCGCAAAGGUGAAGGCGCCACUGAGAGAGAGAGAGAGAGAGAGAGAGAGAGAGAGAGAGAGAGAGAGAGAGGCUUGCGGACUUUACCAUUUCUCUCAAGAGAGAGAGAGAGAGAGAAGGUGGACGAGAUACGCUCCCGUUCUCUCUCUCUCUCGCUCACACACACAUAAACGAGAAGAGGUUUUACAUGGGCUGCAUGAGUGGACACAGCUUGUAGAUGCGGAUACCAAGCUGGUGAACGAUUUGCGAGCCCGUCAAUAAGAAAAGCGCCCAAGCUUCUCCAGCGAAGAGGACAAUCUGGUCAGAGGUUUAUCAACGGUUGCUCAUGUUCCGUCUCCGUGCCGAAACAGGAAGUUGCUCUUCAGGCCCCGGGAGCUGAAGUAGUUCUUUAUAAUGCAACGGACAGUUCUGGGGAUCGCUCCCUGUCUGCUCGAAGGACCUGCGAGAGCUUCGGAGCGAGCGGCGCUGUUAAGGACGGCGCUCUACGGCAAGAAACUCUUCAAACAUAUUUCCUCGCGUAUGUACAAUAUUGCCCAAGAAAUGGGGAAGUUGCUGGGUCCUCAACUAUAGCAGUGCAGCUUGGUACUUUUGAGGAAAAGCGGCGAAUCAAGGUCCCGCGGAGCUUGCCUGUGUUUACUUGCCGAAGAAUUGAUCCGUAGAUGCUGAGGAAUCAUCGAGCAGUUAUUUGUAUUGUACGUAGGAAGGGGUGGAGAGGAAGGGAGCGCUCUAGUUGUACCUAGGAGGAAGAAGAGAGGAAGAAAGCGCUCUAGUUGUACGUAGGGAGGACGAGGAGAGGACUGGACCCUGGGCCGUUCUAGUUAAGUCAGGUCCUGGGCUGCAUUGUGUGAGUUAAGUCUCGUUUGAGACUUCGGUAAAGAAGUCUUUAGUCUCGUUUCGACCAACCUCGGUACAGAUUUGCAAACGCACUUGCAGAGGGAUUGCCGAACUUGAGAGGGACGAAUGAGAGGAGGUACAGAUUUGCAAACGCACUUGCAGAGGGAUUGUCGAAGUGAGGAGGGACGAAUGAGAGGAGGAACGGAUGGAAGUGCGUAAGCGUCAUCACUGACAUUCGCGCUCUGAAAGGACUGUGAAGGUAUGGAAAGGAAAAAGGAAAUUGGUCGCGUCUGAUUGAUUAUGUGCCCUUCUUUGGGAACGUUUGCUUGAGUUCGCUCGCCGCAGGCUGUGGCUAGAAGAACCCGCGAGGAAGAAGGAAGCGGGCGAAGUGUAAUUACUGCAAGCCCUUCUUGUUGUAGGGGUGAAGGCGGAAAGUGACGAGUGUGCUGCUCUUGGCAUCUGCCUUGUCGCCUGACGAUUCUUUCUUUUGUUUCUCGAUUGCGUUGCUAUCGUUCCUGUAGUUUCAGAAUUUACGAUUCUUUCUUUUGUUUGUUCAUUGCGUUGCUGCCUCUUUGUAGUGGCAGGAUAGCUGGAUUGCUAUGUUGUGAGUAGCAUAGGUGUCCUGUACUUUGCUCUGCCGCGCCAUGGCAGUUCCAGAACCGAUCGCCAUCUUGAGCCUAUGUUGUAGGCGUCUGUGUCUGAGGAAAGAGCAUGGCGAUGUCGCCGGCGUGUGGUCUUCACCCCUUUGUAUUUUUCCUAAUGCGAAGGAAUGUGGUCUGUUUAAGUGGACAAUGCCACUUAGGAAGGAAGGAAGGAAGGUAUCGCUAGGAUCAUCGCGGAUAGUUUUAGCUGAUAUGAUUAACGAAGGGAGGAAGUGGGAGGCGGCGCUUUUUUUCUUUUUGGUUGUCGAGGAGUGGAUUCACCGACCGUCGAGGUUAAACAUCGUAAUGACUCGGUUAAAAUCCGACGGAAUUGUAAUCCGAGAGUCACGCUUUUUUUGUGAUGUUAUGUUUAGUGGACAUGACAACACACAAACUCGAAAAGCGGGUGCCAUUGAUGCCUGUCAGAUGUUAUGUCUCACUGUUUCCAUUGGUGUAUCAGAACCUGUGUCGUUCGUUUUGUUCUUUCCAUUGUCGUUACUUCUCUUUUGUGUGUGAGAAUGGGCGUCAACCUUUUUAUUUUCCACUUCUGGUUUUGAGUGCGUGAAUAAGAGGUGCGUCUGCUUUGCUUCCUCCCCGACAUCUCUCGCGAAGUUUGGGCUUCAAUGGACGGAAAUGUAAGGAUCCGCCAAUCACGCAGUGGGUCUCAUAUUUGUGCGCGUGGGAACGGGAGGUGUGUGUGUGUGUGUGUGUGAGAGAGAGAGAGAGCGAGCGAGCGAGAGAGAGAGGGAGAUUGCUUACGCAUGAGGGAGAGCGCAUGUGCAUGCGCGUGUGGUUCUGUGCGAGUAUGAGUAGGCGCUUUUGGGAGAGAGAGAGAGAGAGAGAGAGAGAGAGAGAGAGAGAGAGAGAAAGAGAUGCGCACGCGUAAAAAAGGAAGAGCGCAUGUGUAGUCUGUGGUUCCGUGCGAGUAUGAUUAGGAUGCGCCCGCUUUUGGAAUUGUGUGCAUUUCGAUCGUUCGUGCACGUGAGAAAUGAAGACGCACAGCCUCGGGUCCUCUUUACCCUAACGUCUCUGUGAGCCAGUUCUUGUCCAUAUUUUGAGAAUGGGGGCCCAAUGUAAAUACACUUCAUUCUUCUGUGAGCUGGGCCUGUCCGUUAUGUCAGAUUGAGACAAUAGGGGCUUAAGAGCAAGUACAUCGAGAGGGGAAGUUUGUGGCAGUCGGGAAACAGCUAGGCAAGAGCAUCUCAUCUCUCCGCAGACAUGGAUAUGCUGACAAGCAGCAAUGAUGUACAAGUGCGUGCUAGAGUCGUGUUCGGGUGUGAGGUAUGGAUGGAUCGUGUUCGUCUUCGAUGGUCGCUAUGUGAGAGGAACAGACUGUAAAGAGAUUGACGCACAGUCUCGUGCCUGCUUUCCCAACGCCACUGCGUCAUGUCUUGUGCAUAUUUCAUUGUCGAGUACGGGUGGGGUCCAUAGGAGAUUUGUGGUCUGGCUGGUCGUUUCUGGUAUGUCGGCCUGAAACAUAAAAAAUACCAAUAGAUCAACUGCAGCUGCAGGGGCAGUUUCGGAAUUCUCCUUUGUGAUCCUGACAACGAAUGGAGCAACUGUGGUAAUAAUUCUUUGAGAAUUCUUUGAGAAUUCUUUGAGAAUUGUUGGCGCUGAAAGCUGUUGAAGGCGUCGCUACAUCUGUAAUCAAGGUUGGCAGCGCCUUAUGGAACGGAAAGAGCUAUCUGCUUUUAUUUCGUUCUUAGGCACUGCUGCAAGGAUGGAUCCUAAUGGGAAGACUUUAAAAAGUGUAAGCUACGGAUGGCAUGACUGCAGGUGUGCUGCUGGGAAAAUCACCCUGCAAACGAGGUCGAUGUUGAAGUGCCCUCAGAUGAUUCUUUUUGUUAUUCUGGAAGAAACAAUUCCUCACCCUCCGGCUCUUUUCACUGUCUGGACUAUACUCCGCCAUGCAGUCAUUGUCAUGCUUGUUGCCCGAGUCGUCAUCAUUUGACCACGUGUCUUUCUCACGGUUCUGCGUCCUGUAGGUUGUUAUGUUCAUCAUCGUCUUCAUACUCGUCUUCAACCUCGUUAGUAUUGCUGUAAACGUCACCAUCAAUCACCGCUAUCGUUCAUCCCCCUCCAUUAUCACCACGAGGGAUUUCCUUCGCAGUUCUCAUUCCUCGUCUUCACCCGUUUCAGAAUCUUUUGCUUGCUAUUGUCCUUUGUUUGUGCACUUUUUAUAUCGUUUUUCCCUCCAUACUAGUUGCGCGAUCGUUGACACCCUUCGCUGUGUUCUAUCAUCGUCAUUAUCAUUGUGAAAAGUGUCGUUUUCAAAAGGAUUACAAUAUCGUUAUUGCUAUCCGGAGAGAUUCCACACCAUCAACAUUAUUGCCGUCGUCAAUAUCGUUGAUUGCCAUUGUUGACGUCGUUAUCGUUCCAGCUGACGAUGUGAUCUUUUUCGCUGCCCUCCACGAUUCGAAUGCAGUCUUUUUGUUCUUGCAGUGAUAGCAGUGCUUGCCGUCG